CCCCAUUGUAGCCCGGCGGCGCGGCGAGCGGAGGGGAGCGCAGGGCGGCGGAGCGGAGCGGCGGCGCUGCUGCCGGGGGAGCGGCGAUGGCCGAUUACUGGAAAUCUCAGCCUAAAAAAUUCUGCGAUUACUGCAAGUGCUGGAUAGCAGACAACAGACCUAGCAUUGAUUUUCAUGAAAGAGGGAAGAAUCAUAAAGAAAAUGUGGCAAAGAGAAUUAGUGAGAUUAAGAAGAAAAGCUUGGAAAAGGCAAAAGAAGAAGAAAACAUGUCUAAAGAAUUUGCAGCAAUGGAGGAGGCUGCAAUGAAAGCAUAUCAAGAAGAUAUGAAAAGGCUUGGAAUUAAGCCAGAUGAUGUAGGUUCCAGCUCAACACAGAAUAAAACACAGAGUAGCACAGUGGAAACUAAAGCUAAGAAAGAAAAGAAAGAGAAGAAGGAAAAGAAAGAAAAGAAAAAAAAGACACCUCAGGAUGCCUCAAUCCCACCAAAAAUUGAAACAAAGGAGUGGGUGCAAGGAUUAUCUCCCGAAGGCUACACAUACUACUACAACACAAAAACUGGAGAAUCACAGUGGGAGAAACCUAAAGGAUUCCAAGGCAACUCUCAAAACUCACAAACGGGAGCAGACUGGGUGGAAGGUGUCACUGAAGAUGGUCAUACCUAUUACUAUAACACACAAACUGGAGUAUCCACGUGGGAGAAACCGGAUGGCUUUGUUUCAUCUUCGAAUGAGAAGGGUCAACAUGACAAGCCUGCAGAAACAGCAUCCGAAUCAGACUCAGAAGACAGUGAGAAUGAAGCAGAGAGUUCAGAAACAAACUUCAAGAGGAAAGGAGAUAAUGGUGAAGAAUCAGAGGAAGGGAAAAAAUCUCCUAAAGCUAGAAAGUUAAGCCCUUAUGGGAAAUGGCGAGAAGUUAAGUCAGAAGAAACCACGGAUAAAGAGGAGAGUACAUCAGCUUCCCAAGAAAGUGAUGGAUAUAAUAAGACCAACCCUUACGGAAAAUGGAAAGCACUUAAAGAAGUAGGGGAAGAACAAGAAGAAGAAGCAGGGGAAAAAGUGGACCUGGAGCUUCCAAAUACAGAGAGUGACAGUGUAGCACCCCCAGUGCUAGAGGAUCCUGAAGAGGAAACAGUCAUAUUUAAAGAGAAGACAGUCACAUCCCUUGGAGACAUGACAGAAGGGGUGCCAACAUUUAAGAAGAGGAAAUUUGAAAACGGAAAAUCUAGAAACUUAAGACAAAGACUAAGUGAUCAGUAAUACUUAACAAAUCAUUUUAGAUUCUGUUUAUGCUAGAGUGAAUCAAAAGUUUAAUAUUUUAAACAGGCUUUUAUAAAGAAAAUAUUGGAUAGACGUUAAGGAUUUAUAGGUAUUAAAACAUAUGAGUUUAAUAUUUUUUUAUUUUAUUUUGAUGUGAUUGGUUUUGGAAUGGAAGUUUGUGUUAAGUUACUUAUGCAAUAUUGUAAAUAGAUGUAUUCUUUAUUUUAACCAUGCCAUCCAAGUUCUAUUUGCUCUGUGUAGGCUGUUCUAAAUACAUUUCAUAAGGUUUUUACUCCUUUUCUAAGUAUGUGAGAAUGUAAUAAUCCUUAAUCUGACAAAAAUGAAGCAGACCAUUUAUUUUUAUAGAGGAGCUGGAUCAAUACAAUACACUAGAGAGUAAAAUCAUCCCUCAAGAUUGUUUAUGUAGCUUAGUUUCUCCACUAAUGAGUAAAAUAUUGUGCUUACUAACCUUCGUCUGAUCGCUUGCAAAAGAGUGGGUGGUGAGACUGCCAACAUUUCAAACUGAUCAUUUAGAAACUGUUUUUAGAAGAAUUAGUCACAUCAGUGCCACCCAUUCCGAAUGAUGUUCUGAAAAAUUAUUUGUGUUAUCUGCAUGGCAAAUGUAUUAAACCACUGCAGAAACCUUAACCCUGAUGAAUCCUGACUUGUAGUAACAGCACCAGAGCCACCCCUGUUGGAGUAGACAUUUUUGUGAUGUCUCCUGCUUUAUUGUUGUCUAAUUGAAUUUUUCCUUCCUUUUACUUAUCAAGUUUUCCUUUUCAGUCUUGCUUUCUUUUUGUCUCUUUCCUAGCAAAAAAAACACUUGCCUGAUAUUUUAGUGAAAAAGUACUUUAGAGACUUGGCCCUGCUACAGCAUACAGGACCAUUUUUGAGGUGGUUGUGUUUUUUCUGUUGAUAAGAAGUGUGUGUUUUAUGGUUGCAGUGUUUGAUAAGCUGAGAGGGCCUAAGUGUGUUGAAGCUUCAUCAUUCUCAAUACCAUAGGGUAGGAAACCAAAAGAUCAGCAGAGCUGAUGGCCGUAGAGUCCAAGAUGACUUGGACUUUUUUUAAGGAUUGUAGAUUGGAUUUCUUCACUUUGGUGGGAUUGGUCUGCAUUUAGCAUCCCCAGGGUUCGUGCUAGAAUAUAGCUGCACUCAUUGCUUCUCUAGCCAUCGAACAGUGAACCAUAAAGGUCCAAAUAAUGAAUCUGUUAAAAACGACAUCUCUGUUUUUAAAGCUCAUGGUGUUUUAUUCAGGAGAGUCUCAGUCAAAAAAAAAAAGGCAUGCAGCUCAGGCAGUUGUCAAGAGUCCAGCAAAAUAGAGUUGGUAACUGCUGAGAUUGAUUUUCUUUGAGAAAACAACUAUUAAUCUGUUGUAUCAAUUGAGAAAGGAGUGCAAGACAGGGAAUUUGGUUUAUUGUGUAUUAUAGUGGAAGUUGAAGUUCUUUUUUCUAUUCUGUGACUUUUACUAUAUGUUUAUAAGAUAAUUAAUUAUUGUGUUUAAUCUCAUGUGUUUUCUUGGCUUCUUCAGGAUUGGUGAAUUUUGUUUGUUUGUUCUGAUAAAUUUGAAAGUUUGCUCUAAUAUCUGACCCUGGAUUAUCAUUUAGAGAUGCAGAACACAUGUGGGAUGCUUCAAAGUCUGAGAUGCAGGAAUGUACAAUGUGUACUCCAAGGAGAGGGUUUCUUAAUCAGAUUUUUUAGGGUUUGUUCUUACUUGAAUAUUACUCCGGGAGCCUGCUUUAAAGUUUCCUUAUGUUUGUGGCCAGUUUACUCUUCCAGUUUACACAAAUCCUGCCCUUGAGCUCGGUAGUUUUCCUUCAUCUUGAAUCUAUCCAUCUUCUCUCUUUGAAAUCACAAACAGCGUCCUUUUGUGACAGGAUCCUCAGUGUCCCACCAGUACUUCUCUUCACCAGCCUGAGUCUGCCUGGACUACUCUUGCAUUUCCCUGGGCUAGUUCACCUUGAUUAAAGCCAUGCAUGAUGUCACCAAUACUUCCUUCACAUGUUGGAAGUAACUCUUGAUACAUCCCUAAUCCUCAUUUGCUUUUCACAUGACACCACAUGCUGUCUGCCAUGGGCACCCUUACCAGUGGCUUACCACUACAUCUGAUUCUCUCUGCUCCUUUGCUUUUCCCAGCUGCUGAGUUACCACCUAGUCAUGCAUUCCUUUCAAGUACAAUUCUUUUUUUCCUUGGACAUUUUUUGUACUGCUGUACUCAUCCUCCUUCUGUUACUCCAAGCCUAAAGUAUAUGCAUUUUGUUAUGAUUUCUGAAAAGUUGUUUAGGUGUAUUAGUACAGUUUUAUCAACUAGUAUAGGGUUUUCUUGUAGGCUCCACUUUUAAUAUCCUCUGAGGAGGAUAGCUUUCCUCUUUAAGUGAGGUUCCCAAAACAUUAGCAUCUUUCCUUUAAAAUGUUUUGUUGCUUUGAAGUGGUCACAGACAGCAAUUUAAGAUACCUGUAACUAAAUCUCUUGAGCAGAUGUUUAAAGACAUCUGAAAAUGAGUGUUCAAAACUUGUUUCCUUGUGGAGCUGCUGUUAGUUGUAAUAUGAACCAAAGGUCUUUGUAUUGUGUUAAAUAGACAAACCUAACAUUAGGAAAAAAGAUGAAAAGUUUUUUUUUGCUCACUGCUAGUAAAGUUAGUUUAAAUACCAUACAUGGUUUUAGCUGAUGUGACUUUUAAAUCCUGCAUUUCACAAAGAAAUACAGCACUUUGCUCUCCACUACCUCUGAAAGUCAGAGAUCAGCUAGUUCUUUGUUCUUAAGUGUAAGUUAUAUAAAGAGCCAGCUGAAUGAAUUUUCAUAUAUCAUAAACCAUUGUUUAAUUUUGCACCAUGCUGUCAUAUAAUUUCCUUACUGUGUCUCUAAAACAAAUAUUUUCUGCUCUACACAAAAAUACUUGUGUGAGAUUUAAGGCAAAUGUUGCUUUUCUAGGACAUCUGUUUUGCACAAAUCUCCCUCCCUUCUAUCCAUUCUCCCUUCAAACUCUCCUGCUUUUGAAAUUUGCUGUAGGAACCCUCUAGGUAUUGCCACAGUUACACUUCUCGUCUGCUAAUCCUUCUUUGGGCUGUGCUGGCUUUUGACAAAGGAAUGGUCCUUUUACUGUUUCAGCCAAGUGUUGUCUUUUCUGGCUGAUCAAUUUUUAUCAGACAAAGUGCUUUUAUCUGCUUGCCUGUUUCUAUUGCAAGCUCCUUGAGUGAGGACUACACCCUUGGUUUUAUAUGAUGUCAUACAUAUUAUGAGUAAUAUGAGGAUAGCCAGAGAGCAAGGGGGAGUAAUUGCAAUUUCUGAGGGUGAUUUGUUCUGUGUGGUUUUGAGCCAGUCAAUUCACUGUUGUGUAUUUUUCUUUCCUUGCCUCAUGUUUUCAUGGACCUUGUCUGCUUAGAAAGGCAGCUUCACAGCCUCAGACUUGUGUGUGUUUUUACUGCAGGGCCUGCCUCAAGUUGGUGAUGCUUUUAGAAGCAAAUAUACUGCAUAUACAUAAAAAAAGAAAAAAAAAUUUUGGGCAUUUGCUAUGCCAGGAGCUGUGCAGAGACUGCUCAAUUUUACCUAUGUUAUAGAAUAAUCCUUGUUCCUAUUUGGGCUAAAAUACAUUUUAAUCCUUCACCUGGGGAUUUGUAGAUUGAAAUCCACACUUUCCUAAUAGUGUAAAGUUUUGUUUGACCCUCAUAGAUAAAACCUGUGCCUGCAGCAUUAUCCAGUUCCAAUAUUCAGUUUUAGAAGUGGGAGGGCUGGUCAUGAUGUUGGUCUGAGCUAAAUUCACUAACCUGUGCAUGUAUAAAAAUAUUUCUCCUUUUUUUUUUUGCUUCCCUUAAAGAAGUUUUAUUUCAGUGCAAACUUUGACAUUUCAGAAAGGGAGUAAAAAACAAUUUCAUGCUGCUUGGUUUCUUUGAUUAGUUUUUUGAGUUGUGUCUUCCCUUUGUUAGUAUUUUCCUUAUUAUUGCUGUCUUCCUCAAAUUGUCUUCCUCCAGUAUUCCCAGAUAUGCAAAUCUCUAUCACCGCUGUGCCGUGCUUCUGGUGUCCUCCUUCACCUUCUCCCCUGCUCUGCUGAGAUUUCCAGAAAGCUUUGUGUUCUUGAUAAUUCCUUUUCCUAAGACAGAUGCCAUUCCAUUGGCAGCUCCUCAUACAGAGUUUGUAGCGCUUAGAUCGUUUUCCUUGUUGGUACAAAAGCUGUCUCUGUACCUCCUUCUCUCAGCUGUGGCAACCCUGGGUUCUGUUUUGUCAGCCAGAGCUCUUCAGUCUCUCUUCUAUCUACCUCUUAAGUGCCCCUAACUUCUACCUGCUAAAUUAUUUAACUUAGAAUUUGUGUUGACCAUUUGUGUGAUUAAUAGGUUUAGCUUUGUGAAGUGUUUCAGGAUAGAACUUGAAUAAAAGUUUCCAUACAAAGCAAAAAGUUUUGCAAAUUAUCAUCUCAAAAAGCUAAAUUUGCCCAAGAGGAUUCCCAGAGAGACAGAUUUCUGGAGAAUUUUGAAAAUCCCCAGGAUUCUUAAAAGCAGAUUUGAUUUUACCUGUAAAACCAUAAAUAGCCUAUGUUAAAAACCAGCAGACAGUGUAGUACAGACCAUGGGCUGAGACAGAGGAUUUCAAUGGCUUGCUUGGGGUGAUUGAAAAGUGUUUGUUUUAGUUUAUAAGUAAUGUCUGUGAAAUUAAACAGCUGGUUUCUCUUCUCAGUUGCAAUUACAAAAUAUUGCAAGCUCUUUAAGUGGAAUUUAUAUGAAAAUAUUGAAUAAAGCUUUUAUUUGACCAA